GGUGGUGAAAGCUGCGGGACCCGUACCCGGAGGCUCAGCUCCCUUACCCCAGAGGUCCAGCUGUCGCCUUCAGCUCCGGUUUCUUCUCCUGUCUAGCUGCUACGCCUCUUGCUUCAGCUGAAGCUUUGUUUUCCUUAGAGGUUGUGGGGGCCGCCAUCCCGGGCAGCCCGCACCCAUUGCCCAGAUAGGCAGACUGUUCCAUUGGCAUCCUAUCUUUGCUCACAGAGACCUGUAACACCCCGAUCCGUGCCCCUCCCCUGUGCAGAUAUUCCCCAGGCAGCCCAGCGCCCACUGGGGAGAAUCCUAGAGGUUAUUCCUUUAUUCACCAAGACAUUUUCAGUUUCAGGUAACAGAAAGCCCAAUUCAGUCUGGCUUAAGAAAGAGAGGGAAGUUAGUGGCUUGUAGAACUGGUUCCAGACGUAGCUGGAUCCAGGUGCUCAGAAGUCUGCCUGCCGGUUUUCUGGGGAAGGAUCCUGGCUUCCCCCAUGGCUGCUCCAUCCAGCAACUCAGGAGCCAUGGAGGUGGUGGAGCCCAGCAGCCCCACCGAGGACGAGGAGGAGGAGGAAGAGGAGCAGUCCUCGGAGCCCAGGCCCCGCACGCGCUCCAACCCGGAGGGGGCCGAGGACCGGGCACUGGGGGCCCAGGCCAGCGUGGGCAGCCGCAGCGAGGGUGAGGGUGAGGCGGCCAGUGCUGAUGACGGGACCUCCAACCCUCCAGGAGCUGGCCCCAAGCCCUGGCAGGUGCCUCUGCCGGCCCCUGAGAUCCAGGUGCGGACGCCAAGGGUCAACUGUCCAGAGAAGGUGAUCAUCUGUCUGGACCUGUCGGAGGAAAUGUCCCUGCCAAAAUUGGAGUCAUUCAACGGCUCCAAAACCAACGCCCUCAACGUCUCCCAGAAGAUGAUCGAGAUGUUUGUGCGGACAAAACACAAGAUUGACAAAAGCCAUGAAUUUGCACUGGUGGUAGUGAAUGACGAUAUUGCCUGGCUGUCUGGCCUGACCUCUGACCCCCGCGAGCUCUGCAGCUGCCUCUAUGACUUGGAGACGGCCUCCUGCUCCACCUUCAAUCUGGAAGGUCUCUUCAGCCUCAUCCAGCAGAAGACGGAGCUGCCAGUCACGGAGAAUGUGCAGACAAUCCCGCCCCCGUACGUGGUCCGCACCAUCCUUGUGUACAGCCGUCUGCCCUGCCAGCCCCAGUUCUCCCCGACGGAGCCCAUGAAGAAAAUGUUCCAGUGCCCGUAUUUCUUCUUCGACAUUGUUUAUAUCCACAACGGCACUGAUGAGAAGGAGGAGGAGAUGAGCUGGAAGGUGAGCGGCCAAGGCAGGUGUGCGGGUGGCAGGACAUGUUUGCCUUCAUGGGCAGCCUGGAUACCAAGGGUACCAGCUACAAGUAUGAGGUGGCGCUGGCUGGGCCAGCCCUGGAGCUACACAACUGCAUGGCCAAGCUGUUGGCUCACCCGCUGCAGCGGCCCUGCCAGAGCCACGCCUCCUACAGCCUGCUGGAGGAGGACGACGACGCCACCGAGGUCGAGGCCACUGUCUGAAGCAUCCCUGCAGGGCCAACCUUCUCAUACCAUGAAGCCCUUGGCAUAGAGUGCUGGUUCUCUGCUGGACUCCGGGAGACCGCUGGCGCAGGGGUUCCAGGAGGCACCCAGGAAGCAUCCCUGGGACUCUGGGCACCCAUCACCCAUAUUUCCCAGCCCAUGUCACACUGCCAGUUUGUCAGUUGUAAUUUUUGUUGUUCCCUGUGUUUUGUCAACAAAAUAAAAAUCUGAGAAUCCUGUGGA